UCACUUUCUCUCUCUUGUUCUCGUUUCUUAAACCUCUUUCUUUCUCUCUUUACGUUUCUUCUCCAUUCUUUCUCCUCUCCCAAUUCUUCCCCAAAUCCAUCACUAAUAUCCCUAACCCCAAAAUCACGGCAACAAGGACGGCAGGUCGGCAACGAGUACGGCUUCCAUCUUUCUCCUAUCAUUUCUUCCCCAAACCCAUCUCUUAGAACCCUAGUCUCAAACUCACGGCAACAAGGACGGUAAGUCGACGAGUACGGCUUUAAGGGAUAUCCGCGAGAACUGGUAUUUGUUCAUCGUUUUGGUUUUUGGGGGGAGAACCGUCAAAGAGUAGCCACAAGAAAACUAGAGGCAAUAGAAAUGGUGAACGGCGCUGUGUUCGCAGGUUUUCUUGGUCCUUCUCACCCUACCCCGCUCCAGCUGCAGAAGCAAUUGCGUUUUGCUUCUUUUAGUAAUCGCAACAGCAACAAUGUUAAUUCGCUUCGAGUGGCGUCGUCUGCCAGCAUUGCAGCAUUAGAAUUAGCUGACAUUGAUUGGGACAACCUUCGUUUUGGGCUCAUGCCUACUGAUUAUAUGUAUAUUAUGAGGUGUUCCCAAGGAGAAGCCUUUUCUAAAGGUCAAUUACAGCGGUUUGGGAACAUUGAGUUGAGCCCAUCUGCUGCCGUUUUGAAUUAUGGUCAGGGAUUGUUUGAAGGCUUAAAAGCCUAUCGCAAACAUGAUGGUAAUAUUUCACUAUUCCGGCCGGAGGAAAAUGGAGUGCGACUUAGAAUGGGUGCGGAACGUAUGUGCAUGCCUGCUCCGACUGUGGAGCAGUUUGUGGAGGCUGUAAAAGAAACUGUUUUAGCAAAUGAAAGAUGGAUACCCCCACCUGGUAAAGGUUCUUUGUAUAUAAGGCCAUUGCUUAUGGGGAGUGGUGCUGUUCUGGGUCUUGCACCAGCCCCUGAGUAUACAUUUCUGAUUUAUGUUUCCCCAGUCGGCAACUAUUUCAAGGAAGGAUUGGCACCAAUAAAUUUGAUAGUUGAGACUGAAAUGCAUCGAGCAACUCCUGGUGGUACUGGAGGAGUGAAGACUAUUGGAAAUUAUGCUGCAGUUCUACAGGCGCAGAGUGCUGCAAGAGCAAAGGGAUUUUCUGAUGUUCUUUAUUUAGAUAGUAUUGACAAAAAAUACUUGGAGGAAGUGUCGUCCUGCAACAUUUUUGUUGUAAAGGGUAAUGAGAUAUCUACUCCUGCAAUAAAAGGGACCAUCCUGCCUGGCAUCACGAGAAAGAGCAUACUCGAUGUUGCUCGUAGUCAAGGAUUCGAGGUUGCAGAACGCCAGGUAACAGUCAAUGAAUUGCUCGAGGCUGAUGAAGUCUUCUGCACAGGAACUGCAGUUGUGGUUUCACCCGUCGGCAGCAUAACUUAUCUCAAUAAACGGGUAACUUAUGGAAGUGAUGGAGUUGGUCGCGUAUCACAACUACUCUACUCCGCACUUACCAGCCUACAAAUGGGACUCACCGAGGAUAAAAUGGGUUGGAUAGUUGAGCUCAAGUAGGCUUUAUUAUCAUUUCAGAUUCUUGUCUUGUUUGGAUUCAUGGAUAAUUGAUUUCAGCCCCCUGGAUCCUAUACACCUGUGUGGGAUAAGAGUACCGUUUUGACUGUUGAGCCCUAGUUUUUGUGUUUAUGUAUUUAUUUCUGACAGAUCUGUUUUCAGUAAUUUAAGCGUCUCGUAGCUCAUCACGACUUGUUCUUCUCCUAGUUUUAUUUUUUAUUAAAUUUUUGCUGGGAGAAAAAUAUUUGAAUCGUUGUAGUUGGCAACGUUCUCGUUUAUCUUAAAUUUGACUUGAUCGAGAAUUUUUAUUA